UGUAAAUGACAUAACGCUACCUAUCCAGUCAGGUCAACUUGGCCCUGACACGAUGAAAGAACAACUGGUGUUGGGAUCCGGGUCUAUUUCUGUUUAUAUUCAACUCUGUCAAAAGGCCUUUCAGAUAAUAUGGACUGAGAGGCUUAUGCAAGUUUUCCUCACGUGACACGAACACGGAUGUCGGAAAUAUUCGGAGCCUUCUUUGAAGGUUCAAGAAGCAUCAACAAUAAUGACUGAAGCAGCAAUAGCGUUUGUUCACAAAGUGAAGGACGCAUUACAUAAACUGGCUGACGCUCUGGACGCAGACGAUGCACGUUAUGCCAAAAUUGCUGGAAGAAACUUUGUUGUGAACAUAACAGGAGGAACCAUUGUAACUGCGAGUGUUGGAGGUGUCUUUGGUCUCUCGCUUCUUGGUUUCUCUCUUGCCACAGUGGUUCCCGCCAUAGCUCUAGUUGGGAUGGUUUUGGGAAGUGGCAUUGGCGCUGUUGGUGCGUAUACAAGGUAUGCAGAAAAUGCAUCAUUCACAUCCCAUGUGAAAGAAGCACAAGCCAUCUUUGACGAGUAUUCACAGUACCUAAAAAAACAGAGCCCACUUGGAAGUUGUGACAUCAGAGCAGUUAGGAAUUUAGGGGAAAUGAUUGAUGUGACAUCUCUGGUACUGACGCUCAAAGACGGAAACACGAUGAAAGGGAGUGAUGCUAUGGCCUUCUUAAAGAAAAAUCAACCGUAUUCAAGGGCUACAGUCACAUUUAGCGUAGGAGUGUAUGUCAAGAAGAACAAAACUCAAUACAAUUCGGAUCUCACAAAUACAAUUCGUAAGAGGGCCAAUGACCUUAUGAACUGUGGGGGGAUUUGGACGACAUACACUUUGGCUGACGAAAAAAAAUAAUGCAAUGUUUUUUUCCUGAGGUUUAACAUUAUUAUAACUGAUUUGUUUGGCAAAAGUUUGUUGGGACAUCUAAUUUGGGCGCAAACUGUUACACGUUCGUCAGGUCCCAUCCAAAACGUUACACAAUGAGUUUCUAACCGACUGUUUCGUGUUAAUGUGUCAGUUGGUUUGUAGGUUUGUAGGUUUGUAGGAUGUUAUACAUUAGGAUUUACGUGUUCUGUAUUUUGUUAACGUCCUUAUGGAUUUCAGUGAACUUGGUUUCCUUUCAACUAAGACUGCCAAUAAUUCCAAUAAUAUACACACUGAGACGUGGACGAAUUGGCUUUGAACACACGGAGACGUGAGCCAAGACGUUCUGUGAUGUAUUGGCCAGGAUACAUGUUUACGCCAUGGCUGUUGCAGCGUUCUUCUCAGUGUGUUGUUAACAGUCUGAAUGUGAAUCUUCUGCUGUAUAUGCCCUAGUUUCUUACCUGUAAUAGUUGAAUUUGAAAUAAGAGCUUCAAAUGUAUACUGGCGGAAAAAAGUUACCGUGCAUAGCAUAAAAGAACACCACAUCGCUUCAAGGGCGUGUCACGAUGCCCAAUGUCAAAUCAUACAGAUUUCAGGAUUAUCCUGUCAGUAGCUAAACAGUGAUUAAGGAAAACACCACAAUUCAUGUUAUUAUGUUUUUGCAUUAAAAUGACAUAACAUCAAAUUAUGUACAGAUUAUUCAUUCCCGUAGUAUAUAUACUGUAAUUUUUAGGUUUAGAUGAUGACGUCAUUUCUCCAACCACGCAGUGAAUAGACCAAGUAAAUUUAUUGUAACAUAG